UGGAUGGUGGCCUCAAUCAAAACAGCAGAAAACUACAAAAGGAGCACUCACAUGACAAAGCAGCUACAUGCAUGGGUUCGUUCCUUCAUCAUCAACCGGGAUGACCUCCUUUUUAACCUCUAUAGCUCAUGGAGUGUAUCCAUGCUGAAAAAUAGGGAUCUUGUGAAUGCUAUCCAUGAGCACCUGAUGGGAAUUAGUAAAUAUGUCAGUGCAGUGGCAGUUGUGUAUUUUAUAAACAGUACAGAGAUCAAGAAACAGUACUCACUUCAAGAGAAGAAUAUAUUGCUAGCUAUGGCUCAGCGAUGGAUGUGUAUGGUUGGGUACCACUGGCAAAAGAGUCCUACCAGUUAG